AUGUACAUGCGCUAUCUCUCCGUGACCAUUCCAUCCUGGGCUUCAGCCAUCUUAGCCACGCCAUUACAGGGCCCAGACGGUCAGACCAUCGAAUUGUCUAAAGCUCCCAACCUCACGACCCUGGAUCUGUUGCUCCCUUCGAAUGCAUCUAUCCAAGACCUCAACGCUUCGAGCGGGAACGGUUUAGACAUUCGAUGCGACGGCGCGAGGUAUGGCUUCAACCCGUCGCUGUCUGAUUGCGAAGGUGCUCGAUCAUACAUUGUCCCUGACUCAGAACAAUAUGUCUUUGGAGAAAGACAUACUGGAUUGCCGACAAGUACUUUUCCACUUCCGUACAUUAUCAUGGGAGGUGGUGACAACAAUAUCGCCGUGGUAAUGGGCGUUUUCGAGCCAAAGAUACAAUGUCGAGGCAACUUUGAUACUUCACUCUCCUGCAAAGAUAUCUUGGCCGAGAUGCCAGCAACGACGGAAUUGGAGGUAUUCGGUCCCCACGAUACUCCAUUUGUCAAAGAGAUUCUUCCCCAGGAAGUCGCCUCAGGGGACGACCAGUGCAUAUUGAGACUGUACUCUACCGGCAGGUCUGACGUGGUUGCUUGGUAUAGGAUCUGGGAGGCUGUGGAAGCUACAUUCGCUAUGUGCGGGAGGUUUUUACAAGGGGGGAGUUAUAGAGGACUUGGCCAGCAGGGCAAUGUUUUUCUCACAUUGGGAGCUAGAUCUCCCACUGUAUCGACAGGCAAUCGGUCCGAUGACGCUACAGCGUAG